ACAUACGAAAACACACUGUUAAGUGAAGUUUAGUACAAGCUGUACGGGGCUGCAGAUGGCAUCGUAGGUGGCAGUCUGUAAAGUGAAGACAUCCAAGCCAAAGGAUAUCUCAACGGCCUCAUACAUGACGGAAAUGGUUUGGGAACAUCGUUCAGCAAGCCCCGAGCACUUUCACUGACAACAUGUGGCUGCCGUGCGGUUGCACUUCCAAGUACGUCGCUUCUUCUUUCGCUCGUCGGAUUCUUGCGUCUCAUCUCCAUGUUUCGGGCCGAAGUCGGUGCAACGUCGCGGCGUUCAUGCCGGAGGCUGCGGGCUUUGAGGGGGUGUCGGGCCGCGCGGCGCUGCGGGAGUUGUCCGUCUCCAACAGUGAGAGCUUCUGGGCCGCUGUGGCGCGCCACAGGCUCAGCUGGAGCAUUCCUUUCCACACCGUGCAGGACUGUGACCUGAGCCGAGGCAAGAUCAAGUGGUUCGAAGGAGGAAAGCUGAAUGUGUCCGUGAACUGCUUGGACCGCCAUGUGCACACCUGUCCUGAGAGGGUGGCUCUGAUCUGGGAGAGAGAUGAAAGGGGGUCAGAGAUGAAGUACACCUACAGAGAGCUGCUGGAGAUGACCUGUCGAGUGGGCAACCUGUUAAGGCGGCAUGGUGUGAAGAGGGGGGACUGCGUUACCAUCUACAUGCCUACCUGCCCGCUGGCCGUGGCGUCCAUGUUGGCCUGUGCCCGCAUUGGUGCGGCCCACAACGUGGUGUUUGCGGGCUUCAGCGCAGAUGCCCUGGCAGAGCGAAUCAGGGAUGCUCAGUCCAGCACUGUCAUCACGGUGAACCAGGGGGUCAGGGGUGGUAAGGUCAUAGAGCUGAAGAAGACCGUGGACACAGCGGUAGAGAGCUGUCCGACAGUAAAGCAGGUUUUUGUUGCUAUGAGAACAGACAAUCCAGUCACCAUGACGGCCAGGGACAUUGCCAUGGAGGAGGAGAUGCUAAAGGAGGAUGUUGUGUGUGAACCAGCUGUCAUGAACAGCGAGGACGUCCUGUUCCUCCUUUACACAUCUGGCAGCACAGGGAAGCCCAAAGGUCUUGUCCACACGCAGGCUGGAUACCUUCUGUAUGCUGCGCUCACACACAGGUAUGUCUUCAGCUACCACGAUGGUGAUGUAUUUGGCUGUGUGGCGGAUAUUGGCUGGAUAACGGGACACAGUUACGUGGUCUAUGGACCGCUGGCCAACGGGGCAACCACUGUGCUGUUUGAGAGCACUCCUAUUUACCCAGACCCAGGAAGAUACUGGGACAUGGUUGAGAGACUCAAGAUCAACCAGUUUUAUGGGGCCCCCACAGCAAUCCGUCUGCUGCUCAAGUAUGGAGAUCAGUGGGUGAACAAGUACGACCGCUCCACCCUCAAAACCCUCGGGUCUGUGGGCGAGCCGAUCAACACGGAAGCAUGGGAGUGGUACCACAGAGUGGUCGGGGACGGACGCUGUCCUGUGGUGGACACCUGGUGGCAGACUGAGACGGGUGGCAUCUGCAUCGCACCAAGGCCAUCAGACCCAGACGCAGAGAUUGUCCCAGGAAUGGCUAUGCGACCCUUUUUUGGCAUUAAGCCGGUGCUUAUAGACACUGAGGGCGAAUUGCUGACUUCCAACAACACAUCCGGAGCCCUGUGUAUGGCUCAACCUUGGCCUGGUAUGGCCAGAACCAUUCAUAACAACCACCAGAGAUUUAUUGAAACAUACUUCCAGCCUUAUCCCGGUUACUUCUUUACUGGUGACGGUGCCUAUCGGUCUGAGGAGGGGUACUACCAGAUCACCGGCCGCCUUGAUGAUGUCAUUAACGUGAGCGGUCACAGGAUAGGUACAGCAGAGAUAGAGGAUGUAGUGAAUCAGUGUCCUGCAGUGGCUGAAUCUGCUGUCAUAGGGUAUACACACAGCAUCAAGGGACAAGGUGUCUACGCCUUUGUGGUGCUUAAAAAAGGCAUAGAUGUAAAAGAGGCAGACUUGUCGAGGCAGCUAAACGGCAUGGUAUCUGAAAAGAUCGCCAAGUACGCUUCUCCGGAUUUCAUCCAGUUUGCCCAGCGUCUGCCAAAAACCCGCUCGGGUAAGAUAAUGCGGCGGGUGCUGCGUAAAGUUGUGGAGAGCGACUUGGAGGGUUUGGGCGACCUCAGCACUCUGGAUGAUCCCGCAGCAGUUCAGGAGAUCAUUCAAGGUCACGAGAAACUCUUGAGUAAAAAUCGACCAUAAGGUGUUUUCUGAAGGAGAGAGGAGUGUAAAUGGAAAGCUUGCGUGUUACACUCCAUUUUCAUGAACCAGACCUGUGCCUUUUGUAUGAAAAAUUAUUUUUAAUAGCCAGAUAAUUCUGAUAGGCUCUUUUAAAAUCUGUCUACAAUCUCCAGAUAAACCAGACCUACAAAACCUUAAAGUUCCCACCUAAUCUCCCAGAAUUUUUUACAGAAUAAUGUUAUUUAAUGAAAUAUUACUUUUUUGACUAUUUUACAAGUUAUAUCCCCUUUAAGAAAGGAAAACAUGGAAUUUUCAGGGUUGGAAAAACAAAUGUCAAUGUCAAAAUUGACAACGAGUCAAUUUUAUACACAAACACAAAAAUUCAAACUCUAAAGCAAAAAUCUUGUUUUUGUUCAGCACAAUUUUUCUAAUCUUGAGCUUCAAUGUCACAGGAGGUGGUAUAGAGUCAGUGAAAAAAAUUGCACCAAAUUAUUGUCUGACACGGUAACAGGAAAAAAGUAUUGGUUGGUGAUAAUUCGCUACAGAGAACCUCAAAAUGUGCACUUUAGGUAAACUUUAAAGGGUCAUAUCACCAUAUGGGAUUAGGGUCUGGCUGAAAGAAUUUACUACAUAUGAGAGGUCUCUUUUUACAUUUUGAUAGGAGGAUGAUUGGUCUAUCAGUGAUUCUUUGGGUCAAAACUAAGUUUCUAUUAUGUUUCAAAUUUCAUGUAUCAGGAAGGAGAUGCCAUGUGAUGGCUCAAAAACGCUAGAAGAAAUAAUGUGAAUUAAAAAGCACAAAAUGUUGAUGUACUUCAAGCUGGGCUCAUAGUAUGAAGGUAUAAUUUUGCUUGCCCUUAUCAAAUGUACCAAUUUUAAUGUGAGCAGACAGAUACCGACGUAUUUCUUAGUAGGAAUUAAAAAGAAUAUUGUGUGAAAGUUUGUUUUUUUAUUACACAGUAAUAACCGUUCUCCCAUUGGAAAUGUUGUACACUAAGCUACUGUAAAGUCACAUAAAUGCAUUAAAUAUUUACAGAGUU